AUGGGAGAAGACAACAAAUCCGAUGGCCCGACCAAGGAAUUUGUGCCGGGCAAGGGCUUCACCACGGCUGAGGCCGAGGCGCUCAUCCAGGAAUGGGGCCGCAACGAGCUGGAGGAGAAGACCACUCCCAAGUGGCUCAUCUUCCUCAAGAUGCUCAUCCAGCCGAUGCCCAUCAUGAUCUGGAUCGCCAUCAUUAUCAUGCUCGCCCUGGAGCACUGGAUCGACUUUGCCAUCCUAAUGGCCAUCCAGUUCAUCAACGCUUUCCUCGGAUGGUAUGAGACCGUGAAGGCCGCCGACGCCGUGGCGGCGCUCAAGGCCUCCCUCAAGCCCACUGCGACCUGCAAGCGCGACGGCCAGUGGCAGAACCUCGACGCCGCCAACCUCGUGCCCGGCGAUCUGGUGCUGCUCGCCGCCGGCAGCAGCAUCCCCGCGGACUGCAUAGUCAACCACGGCCGCAUCGAGGUUGACCAGUCAGCCCUCACCGGCGAGUCACUGCCCGUGACCAUGUACCAGGGCGACAGUGCCAAGAUGGGCUCCACCGUCACGCGCGGCGAGGUCGAGGCCACAGUCGAGUUCACCGGCAAGCACACCUUCUUCGGCAAGACGGCGACGAUGCUCCAGCAGGCCGACGGCAUGGGCCACCUCCAGAAGAUCCUGAUGCAGAUCACGCUCGCCCUGGUGGUGCUCUCCGUCGCGCUGUGCGUCACCGCCCUCGGGUACCUCAUCGGGUACGGCAAGGAGCCUGUCAAGGAGGCGCUCUCGUUUACGGUCGUGCUGCUGGUCGCGUCGAUCCCCAUCGCCAUCGAGAUUGUGUGCACCACGACCCUGGCGCUCGGGUCGCGGCAGCUGUCGCAGGAGGGCGCCAUUGUGACGCGCCUGGCGUCGAUCGAGGAGAUGGCGGGCAUGAACAUGCUCUGCUCUGACAAGACCGGCACCCUGACACUGAACAAGAUGGUGAUCCAGGAGGACUGUCCCAUCUACACGCCCGGCCACACCCAGGCCUCCGUCCUCCAGGCCGCCGCCCUCGCCGCCAAGUGGAAGGAGCCGCCGCGCGACGCCCUCGACACCCUCGUCCUAACCUCAGCCGACUUGUUGGCCCUGGACGUCUAUGAGCAAAUCGACUUCAUGCCCUUCGACCCCACCAUCAAGCGCACCGAGGGCACGCUGCGCGGCCCUGACGGCAAGGUGUUCAAGACCACCAAGGGCGCCCCCCACAUCAUCCUCAAGCUGAUCGAGAUCGACCAGGAGGAGGUGGCAAAGCGUGUUAACUGGAAGGUGAUGGACCUCGGCCGCCGCGGCAUCCGCUGCCUCGCGGUGGCGCGCACAAACGACGAGGGCAAGUGGCAGAUGCUGGGCAUCCUGACUUUCCUGGACCCGCCGCGCCCCGACACCAAGGAGACCCUUGAGAACGCAAUGAAGCUUGGGGUGGAUGUGAAGAUGAUCACGGGCGACCACCAGAUCAUCGCAAAGGAGACGUCCCGCCAGCUGGGCCUGGGCACCAACAUCCCCGACGCCGCCAACCUGCCCACCAUGGACGCCGACGGCAAGAUCCCCAAGGACCUCGGCAAGAACUAUGGCAAGAUGAUCCUCGAGUCCGAUGGCUUCGCACAGGUGUACCCCGAGCACAAGUACCUGAUCGUGGAGGCGCUGCGCCAGGAGGGCUUCGCCUGCGGCAUGACUGGCGACGGCGUCAACGACGCGCCCGCGCUGAAGCGCGCCGACGUGGGCAUCGCCGUGCAGGGCGCGACAGACGCGGCGCGCGCGGCGGCCGACAUGGUGCUCACGCGCGAGGGCCUGUCGGUCAUCGUGCACGCCAUUGUGGUGGCGCGCUGCAUCUUCGCACGCAUGAAGAAUUUCAUCAACUACCGGUGCGUGCGCGUGCACUCUCCUGCGGGCAUGGCACCGCCGCUGGAUCUCCAGUAUCGCUGA